AUGGCCUUUCGCAACGGGUCGUUUGCGACCUUUCUAAUCGUCUGCCCAACCAGCUUCUUCCUCGGCAUCAUCUUCUCCCUAUUCCCAUACGACUACCCAAUCCUGUGGUCAACAGCACCGACCCCCCCCUCACACUAUGACUACUUCGAAUCACAUCUCCGCUUCCUACACGCCUCCCCACCCCUCAUCCCACGAAUCCUGCACAUUGUGAUAUUCCUAGGUCUCGCUGGUCUCGUAGCGAAAUUAUACCGACCCUCGGAAUCCAACAUGUUAUUCGACGGCGCCUCGCUGGUCCUCUACAUGUGCGGCGUUACCGUGUACAUCGCCAAUAUCGUCAAGGGGCUUCGACUCGUCUCCGACGGGAAGUACGGCGCCGAGUUGGCGUCCACUCCUGACGAGAAAGAGCAGAUCCUCGGUCGGGAGGAUAGCCUUAAGGUUUUGGCGGCUAGUAAUACCAUUCUGGCACUGGUUUUGGUUGGUGUCCUGGUUUUGCAGGCGGGGCAGUGGUAUGCGGAGCGGAAGGAUGAGCAAGAGUUUGAGUCUUUAAGGGGGAAGAAGAGUCAGGAGAAGGAGAAGGCGCAGGAGAAGGCGCAGGGGCAGGGGCAGGGGCAGGAUGAGGCUACGUCCGGGAAGAAGAAGAAGAAUUGA